AUGGCCGAUAACAGUUCACCAGAUUACAAGGCUCUCUUCCAUAGAGCGGAAGCGGAACGAAAGCGGGCAGAAGAUCGAGAAAGGCAGGAAGCAGAGUUGCGAAGGCAGGCAGAAGAGCGAGAGGCAGAGGAAAAAGUGCGCAGCCAGCCGACAACACUCGAAGAGCUCAUCAAAGGUUGUCAUGAUUCAUUCUCCCGGCCUUUGCAGGUUGGAACGCCAUCCCGCUCCACGAAGGGGAGUAUUCCACUACCCACUGGGAAAUACUGCCCAACAAGUCUUUGCUUUUGGUCAAACUGCCCGGCUCAACUGCAAGAAAUUUAUGAUUCAGUUUCCACUUACCUCCAGCCAGCUGGAAAAGACGCACCUCGGCUAUUCACAUCUCUUCUUGUGCUAAAUGAACUUGGUCGGCGGUAUUCUAGCCGAAAACUACGAAGUGAAAAGGAUUUGGAACACUACGAGCGAACCGCUGUGGAAGAUCAUGUCCAUGAUAUCAUAGCCGAGCUAUGCAAAAUACCUGAUGCCCGAGAGAGAUUCCGGCUUGGAGAUGGGAUCCUGUUUGAAAAUCAUGAAAAUCUUCUACAGACAUCAGAAGAGUCAGAUGUACAGCUGCUUGAUGAAUCCAGCACAAAGCAUCCCAAACCAGAUUCAUUCUGUAUUCAUCGGAUCAACGAUUCCACGAAUACUUUGAUUACAACAGUCGAGUAUAAGCCGCCACACAAGCUCUCGGUUGAAAAUCUCCGAGCGGGUCUUCGAUCGAUGAAGCUCUGGGAAGAGAUUGUUCAGUCAGACACAAUCCCCAAGAGUGAUGAGCUGAACAAGGAUGAAAAGCUGAGAUAUAAUGCGGAACAGCUGACUUGCUCAGUUUUGGUUCAGGAGUAUCAUGUCAUGAUUCAAGCUGGACUGGAGUACUCCUACAUAACUAAUGGAUUUGCUAUUGUUCUUCUUCAUGUUCCAUACAGCGACCCUAGUACACUCUAUUACUAUCUCUGUGAACCAAACAUGGAUGUGAUUUCAGAAAAUCCUGGGGUCUUUUAUCAGUCAAAAACAGCUAUUGCCAGAAUAUUAUGUCUCUGUCUGAUGUCCUUUCUCUCGGAUAUCCGUGACCAGAAGUGGCGGAAUGCUGCAAGAUCCCAGCUCCAUAUAUGGAAAACAAGUUUUGACUUUACACGGUCGCAAAUCCCCGAUGACGAGCUGCAACAAACUCCUCCAGGAUCAGAAUAUGCAAGCUCGGAAUAUAUGCCCUCUGAACAUCUGCCAUCGUCUCCAUUACAGCCCGGCCGUCGAGUUUCUACCCGAUCUCAAACCACCUGUGCACCAAUGGAUACCUCACCUUUGAAUGAUCAUAUGGAUUCUUCCGACUCCGACUCUAACCAAACAGCGCACGGCCGGAAGCGGGGCUUCAGCCAAGUGAUGUCCUCCCCGCCCAACCAGCGUUCAUCGGCGCGCCCAGCAGGUCCUAGGCCAUCGAGCGGCCAGAGCCAACACACGGCACGUUACUGUACACAGCAAUGCUUAUUGGGUUUGCAACAAGGAGGUGAAUUGGAUCAUCAAUGCCCUAAUGUUUCUCUCCACCAGCGGGGUCAGAAUGAUGAUCGACAUUGUAUCGAUGCAAGGAAGCUUGUGCAAAUACUGAAUGAACAGCUCGAUCGUGACCUUGAUCAUAACUGCACACCAUUUGGGACUUGUGGAUCGUAUGGUGCACCCUUCAAGAUCACUUGUGCUGCAUAUGGCUACACUUUUGUUGGAAAAGGGACAACAGCCGGGUUAUGGAAAGUUGUCUCACGUGAAGCAGAAAUAUACCGGGUUCUUCAAAAAGCACAGGGUUCUGCUGUCCCUGUAUUUCUGGGGACGAUUGAUUUGAAAUUGUUCCUUUUCCUCCAUGGUGCUGGGGACAUCCGCCACAUGCUUCUCAUGGGUUGGGCGGGGGAAAGUAUAGAGAACGUCAAAGACAAGGAAGUGCUAAGUCGUGAGAUUUCCAGGUCGAAGAGGGAAAUCCGCAUGCUGGGAGUGGUACAUAAAGACCUGCGGUCUGCCAACAUGUUAUGGAAUAACGAACUGCGCCGGGUUCUGAUCAUAGACUUUCACCGGUCCGACAUAGACCAGCGCCCGAAGAAAAGGCGGGUUGGAUCUUUGAAAAGGUCAAUCCAUCAGGAGGGCAUAAAACGACCCUGUAAUAACAAUGGCUGGACUGGGCGUAUCUCUACGACAACAGGGUCAGACGUCCAAUUAUCACCAGCCACCGCCUAA